AUGCCUCAACGCGACGUUCUUCCUGACCAGCCAUCACAAGUGAUCGACUCGAAACUGGGCGAAGCUCAAGGACGCAAUGAAGCUUUUGAGGAUCUAGAUGACGAUCUCAUGGUUUAUGAAACUCCGCGGAACUACAGAGAUGAGGCACGCCAGGAGCGCGACCGACUCAUUGCUCAGGGCGCUGAUCCAGGAUCGAUCAUCCUCCAAAGUGAACUCCAUACUUUUAUCCCGAAAAAAGACAAUGAGUCACCAGAAGACUUUGCAAAACGCUACGUCGAACAGGUCAAUACCAUGAUCAAUCGCGGUAUUCAAAUUCUUAACGAUCAAUACAUCGCUGAUGUCGUGGCUUCUGUAUUCCAAACUGCAGACGGGAGAACAUUUGACCUGGGUCCCGGGUCUGGCGCGACGAGAAGGGAAUUUCGGGAAUUCAGCCAGUGGUUCUACGAGGCAUCGGAUAUAGGACAAUUAGAGGACGUACCGGAGAAAAUUCUACUUAUCUCGGUUCGUUCAUCUUGUGCAACGGACUCAAUAGAGACAGCUUCAUUUACGGAGAUUGUUGCCUUCGCCAAGGCCCGCAACAUUACCAUUCUUUCCGACGAGACGUACCGCCCGUUCUUCCACAACCUCUAUGAGGAAAUAGCGUUGCAGGAGCACCCAAGGAUAUAUCGAGCGAAACUCUCGGAAUGA